AUUUAUUUAUAUAUUUUAUUUUAUUUUAAUCUUGUCAUAGUUAUAUAGAAGCCCUUGAAACGGACAUAUUUUACUACUAUUUUAAACAUAAAUACCCUCCCCCUCCAAAUAUACAUUAUUUAUCUUAUAAAAAAUGAGAAACUUAUUCAAAUCAAAUAGGAAAAAAACGCCCAAAAUUCAAUUAAGACCUGAUGAUAUUAAAAUACCUCUUCCAAUGAUAAGUGGUGUUCAAUUUGCAGAUAUGACUGAUUCAGAGCUGACAAUACUUAUUAGUGGAAGAAGAGAAGAGAGGAAGAAUUUAGAGACCUCCAUCAAUAAUAACUCGAAAGUUAAAAGCAAUUCUUCAUUUGAAGCUAAAAUAGCAACUACUCCUCUUGAUAAUACAACCCAGCCUACUACCAGUAAAAAAAGUUCACUUCCAGCAUUUACUGCCUCUAUAUCAGCUCACAGUCUAGUGCCUCUCACUCAAUCCCUUUACAGAACUUAUGUAGAUGAAAAAACUCAAGUCGAAAACCAAAGCAUGAGUAGUAACGAUAGUACUGAUGAUGACAGCAGUGAUAUUGAAUUUUUACUAAGCAAUGUUAUGCCAUCCAACACAUCACAAACUAAAGGUAAUACAUAAUAAUAAUAAAAAGUCUCUUUCUCUCUCUCUCCCUCCCUUUUUUUUUUUU